GGGUUACUAAUACCUUGUGCGGCCGGCUCAAUACAACUUUCAAUAAUCCAACGUUCAGAAAAAUCACUGGAAUUUCAGAGACUUGCAUGACCAUGCAGCUGCAACUUCAUCUACUUUUUUUACCCAUUUUCAAAGAAUUUUAAUUGAGUUAACGGCCUUCUGAGAGAUUUCAAAGAAAGGUGGUGCACGCUGAAAACUACAAUCUCAUGUUCCAGGUGCUGAGGGGAAUGUACAUCACUACAACAACAUAAACUCCCAGUGCUGUAGCUUGUGGAGAAAAAAAAAUGGCAUUUGGUGACCUUCUGGAGCAGGUGGGCAGCACAGGCCGCUUCCAGAUCCUUCACGUCACCCUGCUCUGUAUCCCAGUGCUACUGAUGGCCAGUCACAACCUGCUGCAAAAUUUUGUGGCGGCCGUGCCUCCUCACUACUGCAAUGCACAUGCAAACGUCUCCAAGCAACAACUCAGCACACGAGACAUUCUAACAGUCACGGUGCCUUUGGACCAAACAGGCAAGCAUCAGAGCUGCCAGCGCUACGUUUCUCCACAGUGGCACCUCCUGGACAAGAAUGGUACUUUGAAACGAGAGCAACUGGAGGAAUUUGAUGCCGAAGUAAGCGUCCAGGGAUGUGCUGAUGGAUGGUCCUAUAAUAUGACUGGGAUGACCUCGAGUAUCGUAGCGGAGUGGGAUUUGGUGUGCGAUCUGCGCUCUUUGAAGCAAAUGGGGCAAACCAUAUACAUGGGAGGUGUUCUUGUCGGAUCCAUCGUCUUUGGAGCUCCUGCAGACAAAUACGGACGACGGAUCCUCUUGAUUGUUUCUCACCUGCUGAUGGCGGUGGCCGGGACGGGUGCUGCGUUCUCAACGUCCUUUUCCAUCUUCUGUCUGUGCCGCUUUGGUUGCGGAAUGGCUCUAUCAGGCCUGGGCCUCAACACCUUUUCGCUCAUUGUGGAGUGGAUCCCGACCCGCGUCCGGACCGCUGUUGGCACGCUCACAGGUUACUCUUACACACUGGGACAGUUACUUCAAGCGGGAAUGGCUUACUUUAUUCGUGACUGGAGGUGGUUGACCUUGGCUGCGUCUUCACCCUUCUAUUUUUUCUUCAUCUACUCAUGGUGGUUUCAUGAAUCUUCAAGAUGGCUAGUCCUGAGCCACAACUAUGACCAAGCUGUCAAGAACCUCAAAAGUGUGGCAAAAAUAAACGGUCGACGUGAGGAAGGAGACAAAAUCGACAUCAAUAUGGUGCAGGAGUCCAUGAAGAAAGAGAUGACAUGUUCACAAGGCUCAUACUCCGUCUUGGAUCUUUUCCGCACUCCCACCAUGCGAUCGAUGACGAUCUACCUCAGUGCUGUCUGGCUAUCAACAAGCUUUGCCUACUACGGGCUAGCCAUGGACCUUCAGAAGUUUGGCGUGGACUUCUACUUAAUCCAAGUCAUUUUUGGGGCUGUGGACAUCCCGGCCAAGAUCAUCAUUACGGUGACCAUGAGUUUCAUUGGACGCCGUCCAUCCCAGAGUGGUGCACUUAUCCUUGCCGGAAUCAUGGUGCUAAUCAACCUUUUUGUACCUCAUGACCAACAGAUGCUGCGCACCUCUCUGGCUGUCGUGGGUAAAGGUUGCCUCGCUGCUUCCUUCAGCUGCUGUUACCUUUACUCCGGAGAGCUCUUCCCCACCAUAAUUCGUCAGAACGGAAUGGGAAUGGUAUCGAUGAUGGCUCGCGUGGGAGCGAUGGUGGCCCCCAUGGUGCUUCUUAGUGGUGACUAUAUACCUUGGCUGCCGGGUUUGAUCUACGGGGGAGCGCCCAUCAUCAGUGGCGUGGCUGCCAUUUUCCUCCCAGAAACGCUUGGGUCGCCACUUCCUGACACAAUACAAGAUGUGGAGGACAGGGGCUCUGGAAAAGUCUCCAAAAAGACAUCAAAGGAAGCAGCCAUUCUACAAGACACGCAGGCAAACCUCCUGAAGCCGGUUGUGUGAAAGCAAUGAAAUUGUAGUACUGUACUGAUUAACUGACAUGUUAAUAGAAAUUGAGUGGAUACUGCUGUUUUUGCAGUAUUUUUUUUUUUUUGCAGUGAUUUUACUUUAUCUUCAUCGCCAGAUGAUGGUUAUAGAUAAUGUCAAUUGUGAAAACAAUCUUAAACAUUUGUUUUACUGUAGCAUCGAGGGCUUAUGUGAUGCUGGGGAACCAAUGUUUUAUACAAUCAUCAUAAAAAAUUAUGUACUAAAAAUCCUUUUUGCAGCACAUAUGAUGCUGUUGAUUGUUUUAUAUUGUACAUACUCUACUAUGUGUACAUGAUGGAAGCUUGACGCAACGUUUUUUUGAGCAGUUUCAAUGAACACUGACCACUAGGGUUGCCAACUGUCCCUUGAAAAAUGAAAACGUUCGGCAUUCUGAAACAAAAGUACGCGUCCCUUAUGGAGCUUUCAAGGGACGCGCUUUGUCCCUUAUCAUCAAACUUGAGUCUUGCUUGUAGAAUGAACCAAUACUGGUAUGGUGCUUUACAAAAAUAUGCAGGGAAAUGCAUUGCCCCACCUAUAGCCUACUGCUUUUUGACCAAGGAGCUACCGGAACAAUAACAGUCUAAAAUCCAACUCAUGUCAUUGGUCGAGGUACUGUCGCUAACGGAAGACAACAUAAGAGUGUGGGAGAUGAGAGGUUUGAUUGAAGCGAGAUUAAAAAGCAUGUUCAAAGUGAUGAUAAUUUUCUUGUUCUUCUCUGUGUACUCCAGUGUCAGGAAUUGUAUUAUAUUUUUUUGAUCUGUCCAAUUCAUUAUUUUGGGAGUGAUCACUUGCUAAAAUGUAAUUGCUGAGAGUACUUUGAACGCACCUAAAUUGUAGAAGAAUUCAUCAUCACCUUCAAAAUACUCCAUGCCCUGGCCCCUCCCUACCUUUGCGAUCUUCUUCGUCGAAACAAUCCAACCCGUUCACUUCGCUCUACCACUAUUCUUCCCCUCUCCGUCCCCCGUGUCCGCCUCUCCAUCUUUGGUUCCAGAGCUUUUAGUCAUUGCGCCCCCCAGCUCUGGAACUCUCUACCCCGUGAUCUCCGCAGCAUAUCUACUCUAUCACUUUUCAAAUCUGGACUGAAAACACACCUGUUCACUCUUUCUUACCCACCAUAACCCCUAGCUGUCAUAUUUUUACUUUUUAUUGUGCUUUUAAUUUUUUAUCCUUUUAAUACCUUUUUUUCGUACUGUGAUUCUUUGUGUCUUGUGAAGCGUCUUUGU